CCACUACCGCGCGUUCGUCGCGCACCAACCGCAACAGAAUCGCACGGCCACUGCACACCACUACCAUGACCAGCAAGACUGAAGAGACCUCCUUUGACGAGGCACUGGAAAGAACCGGUAACGGUCUGUACAAUAUUCUGCUGGUACUCACAAGCUCACUGCUACUGCUAGCCAUCGGCGUGGAUUUGUUCGGGUUCACACUGGUAGUGGCCACAGCUUGUGACCUUCAGCUCACCGUCUCACAGAAGGGUAUACUGGCAUCCCUUCCUUUUGCUGGUAUAAUUCUGGUAUCAUAUCUGUGGGGUUACAUCUCUGAUACCCGAGGCAGGAGGUUCUCUCUGGUGUUGUCUAUGCAAGCUGGUUUUGUUCUAUCAUGCCUAUGCAGUAUAACCCCACACUGGAUCGCGCUUGGCUUCAUAAAAUUUCUAUCUGUAUGUUUUUCGUGUGCCGCCAACUCAGUCACGUACACCCUGGUUGGGGAGUCUUGUAUACAGCGGCUGAGAAGCAAGUACAUGCUGUUGAUGACGUCACUCCUGCUGCUGUCACCUGCAGUCGCUGCUGUUCUAGCUUAUCCCACCUUGAGUUUAGACUUCGAGCUACCACUGCCUGGUCUGGCAGUGAUCUUCAGACCCUGGAGGCUGCUCAUGAUUGUUCUAGCAUUACCAUCCGGUAUAGGAGGAAUUGCUAUUUACUUCUUCUAUGAAUCACCGAAAUUCCUUGCUUAUUUGGGGAAGAAUGAAGAAUCUUUGGAAGUAUUGAAGGCUAUAUAUGAAAUUAAUCAUAGAUAUUGUAAAGAGGACUUUAAGGUGCAGUCAAUAAAGUUAAACGAGGAUUUAGUAAAGAAACAAACGUCGCUAGUUCGAAGAAUUUACGAGCAGAGCGCGCCGCUGUUCAGGCGACCACUGCUGUUCCGGACAUUGCAACUGUUUUAUAUCGUCGCCGUUGUCUAUGUAACAAACAACACCUCCCUAGUGUGGUUGUCACAUAUUCUAGACUUAGUGAGGGUAUCCCUAGAAAACGGAGCAGCUGCUGGUAACAUUUGCUCGCUGAUAUCCAACGAUGCAAGUGCCGUACACACAGCUGUUAAUUCUACGGCAGAGAAAUUUUCACCAGAAAUCUGCCUCGGCUACAUCAAAGAGAACGUGAUACUCACGUUCGUGGCAACUCAGACCAGCUACGCCUUCCUCAACUUCCUCAUAUCCUACCUUCCUAACCACAGACGGUGCCUGGUAAUAUCAAUCCUAUGCCUAUCAUCAGUGAGUGGAGUUCUCCUUAACCUGAUGCCGGAGCCUAUAUCCAGCGUGUUCUUUUUCAUGAUGUUUACAUGCACAUGUUUAUGUAUGGGAGUUCUGGCAUCGUACUUUGUUGAUUUAUAUCCCACUUCUUGCAGGGGAAUGGUGGCUUGCCUCAGCGUUAUGGUGGGUAGGAGUAGUACGUUCGUCGGUAUCAACUUGAUUGGUAACCUCAUCUUCUACCACUGUCAAGUCACUUUCUACCUCUGGUCACUGCUCGUCUUGAGUAGCGUUGUUGCAGCCUGGUUUCUACCACCUGACAAAGCUCAAAUGGACCCAGCAGUAGUUUAAUACGAGGAGGUUGCACAACCAAAGAAACCUAGAAUGUCUGUGAUUUUAGGCUAUAACUAGUUUUAUUGUAAAAUAUAAAUAAUUUUAUCUUUUUUUACAUCAAAAGAUCUGAUAUUAAUAAUAGAUUAUAUUAUACUAGCUUUUGGCCCCGGCAUCGCCUGC